AUGGGUGUCGAGAAAGACGACGGCAUCACUGCCGCGCCCCAAAAUCCUGUUUAUGAUGCGUCCGUCGCUGAGAAGGGCGUCCUGGAGGUGCCUCAGGAAAAUGAACUCCAUAGGGCGUUGAAGGCUCGCCAUAUUACUAUGAUUGCCAUUGGUGGUGCUAUCGGCACAGGUCUUAUUAUUGGAACGGGUUCGGCUCUAGAAAAGGCUGGUCCUGGCGCGAUCCUGAUCUCCUACGCUUUUAUGGGUUUUAUCGUCUACCUCGUUAUGUGUGGUCUGGGAGAGAUGGCCACUUGGUUACCUCGCUCUUCUGGUUUCACUGGUUAUGCCGUUCGCUUCUGCGAUCCUGCCUUGGGUUUUGCAUUGGGUUAUACAUAUUGGUUUAAAUACAUUAUUGUCACGCCCAAUCAAUUAACAGCCGCUGCGCUGGUUAUACAGUACUGGCUGCCCGCCGACAAAGUCAAUCCUGGAGUCUGGAUCACGGUAUUCCUGGUCCUGAUCGUCUUCAUCAAUUACUUUGGCGUCGGCUUCUUUGGAGAAUUCGAGUUUUGGCUCUCCUCCUUCAAGGUCGUCGUCAUAGUCGGCCUGAUCUUGCUCUCCUUCAUCCUUAUGCUGGGAGGCGGUCCCGACCAUGACCGCAAGGGCUUCCGCUACUGGAAGGACCCUGGCGCGUUCAAUUCGUAUAUUGACAUGGGCCCCGAUGGUAACGGUUCCGCUGCUGGACGCUUCUACGCAUUUUGGGCGACGCUGGUUUCUGCCACCUUUGCCUAUCUCGGAACAGAGCUGGUUGGAGUGACUGUCGGCGAAGCUCAGAACCCACGAAAGACGAUCCCACGCGCGAUCAAGCUGACCUUCUACCGUAUCAUCUUUUUCUACGUGAUCAGUGUCCUGCUCGUUGGCACACUGGUCCCCUACGACAGUUCAGAACUCAAACAGGCAAACUCCGCGAGCACCUCUUCGGCCGCCUCCCCCUUUGUCCUGGCGAUUCAACUCUCUGGCAUCCCCGCGCUCCCCCACAUCCUGAACGCCUGCAUCCUGGCCUUCGUCUUCUCGGCCGCCAACUCGGAUCUCUACAUCGCCACUCGAACCAUCUACGGUCUCGCCAAGGAGGGGAAAGCCCCCAAGAUCCUCACGAAGACCGACCGCCGCGGCGUCCCCUUCGUAGCUCUAGGCCUCUGCACCCUCAUCGCCCUCAUUGCCUACAUGAAUGUUUCUAGCAGCUCCAAGACCGUCUUCAAGUACUUCGUCGACCUCGUCAGCCAAUUUGGUCUGCUCAGCUGGAUCUCCCUCCUCGUCACACAUAUCUGCUUCGUCAAGGCGCGCAAAGCCCAAGAAAUCCCCAAGAACGAGCUCGCCUACACCGCUCCUCUCGGCGUCUGGGGCUCCUAUUUCGCCCUUUUUUGGUGCAUUGUCGUCUCCCUAACCAAGAGCUUCGACGUCUUUACUGGUGACACAUUCAACUACAAGACCUUCAUCACCUCUUACCUUGGAAUCCCCCUCUACCUCAUCCUCAUCUUUGGUUACAAGUUCACCACCCGGUGCAAGCGUGUUCUGCCCCACGAGGCAGACCUCUACACUGACAAGGACGCUAUCGACCGUGAAGAGGCGGCGUAUCUUGCGCGGCAGGAGGCGAAGAGGGCUGCGCAGGGCGCCAACCACAAGCAGGCCAAUUGGUUCUACAAGACUUUUGUCUCGUGGCUGUUCUAG